AUGGCUUCAGUAGGCCGAAGAACGCACUACGAACCGCCAUGGGGUAACGCAAGUAUUAUUGGAGUAGCUGGUAGUUCUGGCUCGGGCAAAACGUCUUUGGCAAUGGCUAUUGUCUCCUCCUUGAACUUGCCUUGGGUAGUCAUCUUAUCUAUGGACUCGUUCUACAAACCUCUUACGCCAGAGCAAUCAGCGGCAGCAUUUCGCAACGAGUUCGAUUUUGAUUCUCCCGACGCUAUAGACUUCGACAUUCUCGUUGACCGCCUAAAAGACAUCAAGAAUGGCAAGGUUGCUGAGGUACCAAUCUACUCCUUCCAGAAGCACGCACGCCUCUCCAAAACCACAACAAUCUACUCCCCGCAUGUCAUAAUUCUGGAAGGCAUAUUCGCCCUACACGACCCACGGAUAGUCGAUCUCUUGGACCUCAAAAUCUUUGCAGAAGCAGACGCUGAUCUGUGUCUCUCACGCCGUCUUGUGCGAGAUGUGAAAGAACGAGGCCGCGACAUUGAAGGCUGUAUCAAGCAGUGGUUCUCUUUUGUCAAGCCCAACUAUUACAAAUAUGUUGCUCCCCAGCGAGAAAUUGCAGACCUUAUUAUUCCAAGAGGUAUCGAGAACAGGGUUGCCAUUACUAUGGUGAGCAAUCAAGUUCGUCAGACGUUGCACAGUAAGAGUGUUCAGCAUCAGUCAGAGCUCAGACGACUGGGCAAGAUUGCAGAGGACAGCCCAUUGAGUGAGAACGCUAUCGUACUCAAGCAGACGAAUCAGGUCAGGGGAAUGCAUACAUUGCUGUUGAACCCUGAAACGUCGAGAGAGGACUUUGUAUUCUACUUCGAUCGCAUGGUUGCACUGCUCGUCGAAACAGCAGUAGACUUUUUGCCGUUUGUAUCGUAUGAGGUCACAACACCCCAGAACACCACUUAUCAGGGGUUGAGGAAGAAUGCAGAAGUCAGUGCCGUAGUGGUGCUACGCGGUGGUAGUGCUUUCGAGACGGGUUUGCGGCGGACCAUUCCCGAUUGCAGGACCGGACGAGUACUGAUACAGACAAACUACAGAACUGGAGAGCCAGAGCUCCAUUAUCGGGCGUUACCUGCCAACAUUGCUGAGCAUGGACUAGUCCUAGUCCUCGACCCCCAAUUCUCCACGGGGGCAGCCGCCCUGAUGGCGGUCAGAGUGCUUGUCGACCACGGCGUACCAGAAGCCAGUAUAGUCUUUGUAACCUAUACUGCGGGAAAGGUUGGACUGAACAGGGUCUUGAGUGUCUUUCCAGAUAUCAGGAUUGUGGUUGCAAGACUGGGUAGCGAUGAGGAGGCGCGAUGGGUUGAGACAAAAUAUUUGGGCUGUUGA